GAUCUGUUCGUGGUGGUGUUCAGUUUGGACUGUCGGGAAUCGUUCGAGGAGGCCAUCAGACUGCGUGAAUCGAUCCUGGAGACAAAAGUGAGCGCGACCCAGAGCGCGACCAAGAGCAGGAGCAAGAGCCACUUCAAUCUGAAGGUUCCUAUGGUCAUCGUCGGGAACAAAUGUGAUAAGGAAACAAAAACGGUGACGGUCGAGGAGGCCGAGGAGUACUGCAACAGCCAGGACGAUUGCUGUGUUUUCAUCGAGGCGUCCGCGAAGAGGAACUACCACGUGGAAGAGCUUUUCUACCAACUGUUCAUCGUGGCUGGCUUGCCGUUGGAAAUGGCACCGAAUCAUCACAGAAAAGUCCCGCUCACUUUCGGUUCCCCUACCAUGUUACCACCGUCG